CAUGUUUAGUGGCUGCGAGAUCCAACUUGGGCGGCCGUGUCUCGGUUCAUGUCUCGGCAGGUCACGGAGUCUCGUGUCAGAUUUCGGGUGUUCGAAAGUCGCUGGAUUCAAUAAGGCAAGUUAACGGUCCAGUACUUUCCGAUGGCGAGGAAAUGGUUAUUUCUGAUUCGAACGUCAUUCACAAGCAGGUUUCGUGUAUGCCGACACUGAAGACCGUGAAAGAAAACGAUAGCUAUGAGGUAGUGAUAGGAAGUGAGCGCAUGAUGGAAAAGUAUGGAAUCACUAUCGAUGACGUCACUGCUGCAGCGCUGUCUGUUGAACAACAGAAGGGCCAUAUUUCUGUACUCUGCGCCAUAAAUGGGGAAGCGGUGGCAAUCAUCUCUAUCGCGGACAAAGUGAAGAAUGAGGCAGCUUUGGCAGUGUGGGCGCUAACGAAGAUGGGAAUGCGGGUUGUGCUCCUGACUGGAGAUAACGCGAAAACCGCUGGCUCUACGGCUAAACAAGUGGGAAUUGCGGACGUGUUUUCGGAGGUUCUACCGAAUCAGAAGCAGAAGAAAAUUCAGCAACUGCAGAAUGCUGGAGAGCGAGUGGCUAUGGUUGGUGACGGUGUUAACGAUUCCCCUGCACUGGCGUCUGCCGAUGUUGGCAUCGCUAUUGCCGCCGGUAGCGACGUAGCUAUUGAAAGUGCCGGCAUCGUCCUCGUUCGGGUGAGCAUUGGUUCACUUCUUCUUCUUCUUGUCAGGUUCGCCACAUUUCCCUUUAUCAUCAAAAGUCCUUUGAAGAAUGAUCUCAUCGACGUAGUUGGUGCCAUAGAGUUGUCAAAGAAGACGACGAGAAGAAUCAGACUCAACUUCCUUUUUGCGAUCAUCUACAACGCGAUUGGAAUUCCUAUUGCUGCAGUUUCUGAAAGAAAGGCUUUUUCCACGGAGUUCUUCCGUCCUUUUGGAUUUAUGCUGCAACCCUGGAUGGCUGCUGCGGCUAUGGCUUUAAGUAGUGUAUCCGUUGUAACUUCGUCGUUGCUGCUGAAAGCAUACAAGAAGCCAACCUAUGGUUCUUUGUAUACCAGUGAGUUCAAGCAACAUGCAAAAGCUCUGGAAGCGGGUCAAUUUAAGGUACGAAUCCAUCGUGGACUUGAAGACAGCGGAGUGUUUCGGAACGGCGGCUCACGUCUGUCAGUCAUCUCGAGUAAAAUGGGUUCUUUUUUGGGGUCAACGACGAGUAUCAUCAGUGGUGCAGGUAACAAACGAACAAGGCUACUUGAUAACGGAGAAAGUUCUGAUUCGGAAGAUCUCCCUGUUUAA